GACGUUCAUUGUCAGCUCAAUUCGGUCUUUACGUUCAUUCAACAUGUUGUUAUCCGCUUCCUUGAUCGCCGGAGUCCUUUCUUUGGCCGCGAAGGUCACGGCCGAUGCCAAUGUCGGUACCCUUGGGUUUGCGGUGGGUGCUACGAACCCCGACGGAACGUGCAAGUCUACCGAUGACUACGUCAACGAUUUUAAUGUUCUCAAGGACUACACUUCCCUCAUCCGCACGUACUCCAUGUCCGACUGCUACACUCUCGCCAACAUCCUCCCCGCCCUCGAGUCAACCGGUAUGACCGCCAUUCUCGGUAUCUGGGCCGGACCCGGCUCGACCUACGAAACUUCCUUCCAGUAUGAGUUGGGUAACCUCACGACCUACGCCACUCAGUACUCCUCCGCAUUCACCUCCAACGUUGUCGGAAUCACCGUUGGAUCCGAGGUUCUUUACAGGGGUGAUUUGACCCCUGAUGAGCUCGUGAGCAGGAUCAAGGAGGUCAAGACGACUGCGUCGGGGGUUGGGUAUUCGGGCAUGGUCGGAACCGCUGAUUCCUGGAACAUGUGGACCAACUCCUCCAACAACGCCGUUAUCGAGGCAGUCGAUCUCAUCCUCACCAACGCCUUCCCAUACUGGCAAUCCAUCGGAAUCGACUCCGCCGGUUCCUCCUUCUUCAACUCCAUCUCCUCCGCUCUCGCCUCGAUCCAAUCCGUCAACGCCAACGCGAAAUUCUACGUCGGAGAGACGGGAUGGCCGACAGAAGGCACCACUCUCGGUUCCGCGGUCCCUAGUGUUGAUAAUGCGCAGCAGUUCUGGAAGGAGGGGGUUUGUGCGAUGAGGGAGUGGGGUGUCGACGUUUUCGUGUUCGAGGCGUUCGAUGAGCCGGAUAAGGCUAGUGCUACGAGUGAUGGGGGGGUUUCGAGUGAUGUUGAGAGUCAUUGGGGAGUGUUUACUUCGGAUUUCAGCAAGAAGUUCUCUUUGGACUGUUAG